AUGACUAUGAAUUCUCCAGACCUGCCUGAAAUUUUUCGCCCUCCCAUAAACCGUUCUAUGCAAACUCUUGACAGAUCCUUCUUUCGCAAAGUGGUCCCUCUAGCUGCCGCUACCGUAUCUGACCCGAAGCAACUCACCAAUGUACGGAAAGAACUAGACAAGUCUGGGGACAUGUUGAGGUUGAGCCCCAUCCGACCUUUGCGCGACGACGAAUCAACCCCCGGUGCGAAAUGCUUCAUACUCAGGGCGGGGAUCAACGCAAACGAACCGGCCACCUGGUCGCCAACCGUCUCGAGAUUGGUGGAAGUCAACCUUGCGAGGAUACGACCGUACGAUCUAACCCUGACAUAUGAUGAUUGGACCAUGCACAACAUACUUGAGGCGAUUCUUCCCGAGAUGGAAGACGACGAGAAGGAAACCCCUGCCGGUUUUGCACAGGUUGGGCACGUUGCCCAUGUCAACUUGCGCACGCCGUACCUGCCUUAUAAACACCUCAUUGGGCAAGUUCUGCUGGACAAGAAUCCUACCGUCACGACGGUCAUCAAUAAAACCUUUGAUGUCGGCACCGAGUCGGUUUUUCGAACGUUUCCCUACGAAGUGCUUGCCGGCCCUGACGAUCUUGACGUCCUGGUUCAUGAAUCGGGGUGCGAAUUCAAGUUCAACUUUGGCAAAGUCUACUGGAACUCUCGUCUCGGGACCGAACAUGCCCGGGUGUUUGAGACGUUUGAGGAAGGCGAGGCGGUCUGCGACGUCAUGGCCGGAGUAGGACCUUUUGCCGUCCCUGCUGGCAAACGGAAGGUAUUUGUGAGGGCCAACGACUUGAAUCCUGAUUCCCAUGCGAGCCUUCAGGACGCCAUCAAACGUAACAAAGUCGCCGAUUUUGUCACCGCGUCUUGCGAAGACGGCAGAGACUUCAUCCGCCGGGCGACCAUUGACCUGGCAAACACUUCACGAACAGUCAGAUUAGCGCCCAAGACCAAGAUUUCGCGCAAUGCAACCGACGAAGACAAGAAGGCGGCUCAAGAAGCCGCUGGAAAGUCGGCGAGAAUGUUGCGAGAGCCCACUGCCUUUUCUCAUUAUGUCAUGAACCUGCCUGCGAGCGCCAUCGAAUUCCUUGACGCCUUCAAAGGCACCUACCACGGCCGGGAAGCCGAAUUCGCACCACAUACCUCGACCAAACUUCCUCUAAUACAUUUGUAUCUUUUCCAAGCCAAGCUUCUCACCGAGGAUGCUGAGCUUCAGGAGAUCUGCGAGCGCAUCUCUAGCCACAUCGGGGCUGAAGUCAAGCUGGACGACCCAGAGUUAGAUAUCGACAUUCGAUACGUUCGACUCGUCGCUCCGAAAAAGAAGAUGUUCUGUGCGACUUUUCGACUGCCAGCAAAUGUUGCAUUUGCCGGGCCCUGA